GCGGGUGACAUCUGUCGACGCGCUGGGACUUUCGUCGGAUGUCAUUUCUAGCUAGCCCGUCAUCGAGAUCAUCGAGUCACCGGCGGUUCGUCUCGGUUAUGAGCGCGCGCUGAUCGCGGGUCCAGUGAGGUCGCGGAUUGCCGAUUAAAUGCCGCGUCUUCAUGUUUUAAUGUUAGCCGCAGUGACAUCGGACUGUAAAUCGUCGGAGCGAAAGAACGUGCGUGCGAGCGCGUUGUACAGCGUGGUGUGCGCGAUACGCGUGUGAACGUUCGGACGAAGUUGCCGAUACACGUGACGAGUUUCCCGUGAUAUGCCGAGACGUAUCAUCCGUGGAAUCGUCGACAACACAUCUCUCCGCAGUAGUUUCUUGCAGUAAUCUUCGAAUCCGCGUCGGCAGUAAACAUGGCGGCAAUAACCGAGGCGAAGCUGGACGCAAAUGUACGAUGAUGCCGCUUACACUGUGGAUCCUCAGCAUGUUGAAGGCGAGAUGACAAUAGGUGCAAAGCAGAAAUCUACUUUAGGAGAGCCAGAAUUUAAUACGCUAGAUGAGCCCAUCAGAGAUACAAUUUUGAGGGACGUCCGUGCAGUGGGCAAGAAAUUUUUCCAUGUUUUAUAUCCUAAAGAGAAGAAAAGUCUGCUGAAGGAAUGGGAUCUAUGGGGACCAUUAGUAUUAUGCACAUUCAUGGCGAUGAUAUUACAAGGUUCCUCAGACACACCAGAUUCAAAUGAUGGAGGGCCUGAAUUUGCAGAAGUAUUUGUUAUUGUAUGGAUCGGGUCUAUGGUUGUUACAUUGAAUUCAAAACUUUUGGGUGGAAAUAUAUCUUUCUUCCAAAGUGUUUGCGUCCUAGGAUAUUGCCUACUACCAACUGCCAUCGCACUAAUUAUAUGCAGAAUUAUAUUGAUGGUGCAGCAAACUACACUUCUAUUUAUCAUUAGGUUUGUGAUCACUGUGAUUGGAUUCUUAUGGGCAACAUAUGCGUCGAUGGCAUUCCUUGGCGACAGUCAACCUGUAGGGAGAAAAGCUUUAGCAGUAUAUCCAAUUUUUCUAUUUUACCUCGUAAUAUCGUGGCUAGUUAUAUCCCACACUGUGUAAGAUGCAACGCAAUAACUUCUCCAUCAGAAGACUGUAUACCGCUCUGGGCUUCCAAAUGGAUCCCAGACGACAAAAAAUCAAGCAAAAAGCGGAUUAAACGACGCAAGUAUUUCAUAAAUAUUUUCCAAGUCCCAUGUUUGGACAUAUAUUCCAAUAUCGUGCUUUUUUGUGAAUGAUACACAUAACUAUAGUGUGACCGAGUAUUUAUUAUCUCCUUAGAAUAUUAUUCGAUAAUGUCAAUUACCAGAUCUGUAAUUAAAUAUUGUGAAAACUUCUGAGGUUAUAUACAAUCCAGCUAAAUUAUUAUCGGUA